AUGGAACGAUUCCGGGGGCACCUCGAAAGGCUCACACCGAAUGGCCGAUCUGAAGAGCAAAAGCUACCAGCGAUGCCAUCGCUUCCAGAUGAUCGACCACAGCCCCUGGUGAGGACAUCACCCUUGCCAGCGGCCACAGCAAACAGCAAAUUCUUUACAUCCUUACCUCCAGAGAUUCGACGUCGCAUUCUCAUUGAAGCAUUCGGCGAACGUAUAUUGCACCUAGAUUUACGUCUCGAGCACCCAGUAAUGAAAUAUUCUAAGAAAGAUCGUCAACCUACCAGGCCGCGCCCUGAGCGACACGCAAACGCGCACCUGUUCCACCCAUCGUUACGUGACACUACCAAACCGCGGGAAUGGACAUGGUGGAGCUGCGUCUGCCAUACGCGCUUCCCGAACUGGAAUUUUAAUCCCCACCCCCCAGGAGUUGGUCAUUUUGAUGAAGAGCCAGCGAACGAUGGUUGUCGCGACCCUUUUGGGCUGCCGCGAUGCCUCUGCGUCUUCUACCCUGGCCAUGGACCAGCCAAAUGUUUCAUUGGUGUUCAGGGCUGGCUAUUGGCUUGUAGACAGGCAUAUAUCGAAGGCAUCGAUGUAUUAUAUUCCACGAACCGGUUCCAUAUUGCCUAUGCCGAGCUCGUUAUUUGUCUUCCGCGGCUUCUACCCCUCCAGCACAUAACGGCUAUCACGGCGGCUGAGUUAUCAUGGAAUCUAAAUAUAUCACCCAGCGAUUAUUUCCAUUGGGAUGCUAACGAUAAGGAUGGGCUACAAAAGUGUGAUCGACUUACCCUUCUGGCACGUCUGCCGCAAAUUUUACCUAACCUACGCUAUCUGUAUCUCUCGCUUCAACAUGUUAUAUGCAUCAGGCAGCCUAUGCCGGCAAUUGGAGGACGAGAAAUGUAUGAAGAGAUAGAAGAGAUUCUACGAAAAGUUGACGCCGUGGUUAUACGAUUGUCGCGGCUUCAGGAGUGCCGCGUGGCCUUACCUUCGUCCAUGUACUCUACGCGUAAGCUCGUGGAAAAGGGUCGAGAUAUUGCUUGGUUUAGCGGGUUAGACCCGGACCCCGAGACUCUAUGGAGAGAUAUCCCAACUUCCGACGCGCCUACUAACAUCGAUACCGCGAAUCAGUCUAUUAGCGGUUAUUGGAUCGUUCAUGGUGUUAAGGACAUGUAUCCACCGCCACUACCUGAAGCGGUUUGA